AUGACGUCGUAUAACGUCUUCAGAUCUAGAGAAAUUGAAAGGCGGCGUUUUUUUUCAGAUGCUAUAAAUGGAUUUCUACCAAGGGCAAGAAGCAGUGGACCGAGGACGAGUAGUAUGAAGAAUAAGCACGAUGAGAAUGUUAGGAGAGUCCGCUCCGAGACCGCAUCUCUCUUCUCCUCAACCUGUAAACUUCCCCAGCUAGACGGAUCCAUCGCCAGUGAAAAGAAGACGUGCACCAUCCGCCCGUGGAGUCGUACCCAGGAUGAGCUUCGCAAAUUCAAGGAGACCUUGAAAUCCACUACCGUCACCUCAACCACCGCUUCUUCAAACUAA